UGAAGAGGAAAGGAGUGUCAAUUUAUUUUUAAAGGGUAAACUCGUACGUAAAAAACGUAAAAAAUAAAGGUAUUUUUAGCUAAUAAAGCCGUCCAAUAAAAACUCUCAAAAAAAAAAAAUGAUGCAAUAAAGGUGUUUUUAGCUCACACGCUGUAUUACUCCGCAGCACACAAUUAAACUAACUAACCCGCCUACUCUUCCCCCGUCACCGCCGAAUUUCAUUUUCUGUCGGAACACCAACACGCAACUCUUCCUUCUCUCUCCAACUCCGUCACACACAGCAAGACUUCUUCAUCGAAAAACCCUAAUUCCUCCAAAUUCAUCUUCAUCACCAUCAAUGCAAUCCUGAAGUUUCAGCAAAUUCUUUCUCCUCCUCUGCCAUGGCUGCCUUCCGCAGGCUCAUUCCCUCCCGCUUCCGUGUUUUCCCUUGGACUUGCACUUCUUCUUUUAUUCUUGAAGGAAUUGGAGGGAGUUUGCGGCAUUUUAGUGACCAGAAAGUGCUCAGGAUCGAGGACGAGGUGAUCGAGGAUGAGGUCGAGAAAAUUCGGCGUGAAUUCGGUGCUGCCAAGGAGAGUUUCUUUAGAAUUCCACAUGCUCUUAAGUCUAUGCCUAAGAUGAAUCCUGAGGGGAUAUAUGUGAACAAGAACUUGCGAUUGGACAACGUUCAAGUUUAUGGGUUUGACUAUGAUUACACAUUAGCACAUUACUCUGCUGAUGUACAAGCUUUGAUAUAUGACCUUGCUAAGGAACAUUUAGUCAAUGAGCUUAGGUAUCCAGAAAGCUGCUUGAAGUUCAAGUAUGACCAUAGCUUCCCUAUUAGAGGUUUGUACUAUGACAAGUUAAAAGGAUGUCUCUUGAAGUUGGAUUUUUUUGGAUCGAUUGAGCCUGAUGGAUGCUACUUUGGUCGUCGUAAGCUUAGACGGGAGGAGAUAAUAGAGAUAUAUGGAACAAGACAUAUCGGUCGUCACCAAGCACAAGGGCUUGUUAGUUUGAUGGAUUUCUUCUGCUUUAGUGAGGCGUGCUUGAUCGCAGACAUUGUGCAACAUUUUGUUGAUGAAAAGCUGGAGUUCGAUGCUUCUUAUGUCUAUCAUGAUGUCAACCAUGCAAUUCAGCACGUUCAUAGAAGUGGAGUGGCUCAUAAGUCAAUCAUUUCUGAUCCUCAGAGAUAUCUUGUUAAAAAUGGUCAGUUGUUCUGCUUUUUGAAGAUGCUAAGAGAGAAAGGAAAGAAAUUGUUCUUGCUGACUAAUUCACCCUAUUUUUUCGUUGAUGGUGGUAUGCGCUUUCUGAUGGAGGAUUCCCUCGGAUUUGGAGAUUCUUGGAGAGAACUUUUUGAUGUAGUCAUUGCUAAAGCUAAUAAGCCAGACUUUUAUACUUCAGAGCGACCAUUCCGAUGCUAUGACAUAAACCAGGAUACCUUGGCAUUCUCCAAGGUGGAUGCAUUUCUUCCCAAUAAAAUCUAUUACCAUGGAUGUCUUAAAUCCUUUCUCGAAAUUACAAAGUGGCACGGGCCAGAGGUCAUAUACUUUGGCGACCAUUUGUUUAGCGAUCUUAGGGGGCCUUCAAAGGCAGGGUGGCGUACUGCUGCUAUCAUUUAUGAACUGGAAAAUGAAAUUCGAAUUCAGAAUGAGGACACUUACCGUUUUGAGCAGGCAAAAUUUCACAUUAUCCAAGAACUCCUUGGUAGAUUGCAUGCAACUGUUGUAGAGUCACAGAAAAGUGAAGCAUACAAGUCACUCAUGGAAGAGCUUAAUGAGGAGAGGCAAACGGCACGUUGCACAAUGAAGAACAUGUUCAGCAAAGCUUUUGGGGCCACAUUCCUGACGGACACUGGGCAAGAAUCCUCCUUUGCCUAUCACAUCCAUCAGUAUGCAGAUGUGUACACCAGUAAGCCAGAAAAUUUCAUGUUCUAUCCACCUGAAGCAUGGCUUCAUGUACCCUUUGAUGUCAAGAUCAUGCCACAUCAUGUGAAGGUAUCUUCAAGCUUGUUCAAGACAUAGGAGGUCAACAUUCUUUCAUUCGUUUAAGAUGGUCUUUUAGCUGGCCUGAAAUUUUGUUCUUUUGAGGUGAAGUCCGCUGGCUCACUCCAAAUGCAUUUUGUUUGCUUAUUUGAUGGGUAGCACUGUAAAGUUCGCAAUCCAGUUUUGUUGUGUACAGUGUACUGUAAACAUUUAGAUUGUGGAAAAUCUUAAAUGUAGCUUUAAGGGUCAUGGAUAACAAGUUAAUCGUAGGAUUCUAGAAAUAAUCAUGUAAUUACACUAAACGAUGAAAAAACAACUUUUAUACUACAUAUGGAGUACUAGUAAUAUUUUGGUA